GGGAAGAGCAGCACAACCGACAGGUCGACCGACAUUUUCUGUUUUCUCUCCCUUUCUUACGCCAUCGACGUCAAGCUCCUUUCUGUACUAACCACGCCAGUUACCCGUUACCUUGGCGGGAACAACGAAUUUCCUGAUAAAUUUGGUGCUUUAUUUUGUCCCCAUGUAAAGUUUGGUUUGACACAGGUUGCUUUGCUAGCCUUUGUAAGAAAAUGUCGGACGCAUGCAAAGCGUGCGGUGAUCUGCAGAGCAAUGUUCCGGCAAACGUCCUUUUUCACUCGUUUCCUGCUGAUUUGAAAAGGCGUUCUACUUGGGAGGAGAAAUGCAAAAAGGGCAGCACAAUCAACCCCUUAUCUUCAGGCCUUACCGAUGGACAGAAUUGGGCAGUUUGCAGCAGACACUUCAGGAAAGAUGAUUACAUAACUAUCAGUGAUGACAUCCACUUCCUGAAGCCAAUUGCUGUACCUUCAAUCUUUGGCAAUGUUUUGACAGGGAACAUUUCUGAAACAGCUAAUGUGUCUGCUCCUAUCCAAGAAAUUAAAGUGAUGACAGGAACUGAGCCCAUUGUUGUUGGAGACAAAAGAACAAAUCUUAAAGUAACGCAGAUUACGGAAAAAGACAAAAACUAUUACAAGCCUUUUGACAAAGCAUCUGAGGCGCACAACUGGAGAUGCCGAUGUCGUAUUUGUGGAAAAAUUUGGUCUGCUAGUGUCCUGUGCAACAUCUUCAGUGAUAGGGUAAACAAAGCAAGCUUGGCUGACAAAAUCAACUCCUGUUUACCUGUUAAGGUACUCAGCACUGAUGAAGUUCCCACUAAAAUCUGUAAACAAUGCAUGACCAAGAUUGAUGAAUUCCAUACCUUCAGGCAGUCUGCCAAGAAUGCUGACUUGGAAUUUAUUGAAGAGAACAAUCGCUUCAAGCUGGUUAAAGCACUGGAAGCCCAAGCCAAUAUCCUCAAAAGCUUGCCCAGCCAACUGCAGCAUGAUGUGACCAAAGCCAGCACUGCAACAACAGCUGUCAGUAUCAAUGUUAUUGAGAAUAAACCUGAAUACAACAAGAAUGGCGUACUUGAGCAAAGUGAGGCAUCAACUCGUCGACGAAAGAGGAAAUCGAAUCCAGCAGAGGAUGAGCCCUUGAAGAGAGUUAAAAUUUUCAGACUUCAAGGGUCAAAGGCCAAGAAAGCCAAGGGUGUGCAUGUAAAGACAGAAGCUGGAGAUGAAGAAGAAAUUGAGGGUGAAGUUGGCGCCAGCAACUCAGAGACGUCUCUUGAAGAGGAAGUCAAAAUAACACCAAGGACCAGACGUUUUAACCUCCGCUCGGCACCAAAACCAAAUGUUAUCUUCACAAACAUGGGCUACCCAAGUGAACUCAAGAAAACGCAGCGUUCCGCUGGACCUAGCAUCCUGCGCAAGACUGUGUCUGAGAGUCCAGAGCUGAAGGAGCUUGUGCCACCAGAUUUGCCACCUGAACUAGAAGAAGUAAGCGAGCCUAGGAAGAAAAGGGAGUCGAGAUUGAAAGGACGCAAACCAAGAAGCAAGAGAUACUUCGUGACCAGGAAGAUUUACGGAGAUAGAAUCAUCAACCAGAAGUGCGACUUUAAAGGAUGCCAGGUCAUCAGUGAAACGGUUCAUAAGUAUUUGCAGCACAGAUAUCUGCAGCACGAUGAGAGCAACUUUUCCUUCUGCAAAGUCUGCAGCCAGGUAUAUGAAACAAAGCCUCGCAACAUGGAUAAUGGUCACAGGCAUCUACCUGAAUCAUGUUCAAUGCCAGUGGUGUCCGUUGAACCAACCGAUGAACAGACCUACCGCUGUGAUGAAUGCAGCAGAGAGUUUACAGACAAAGGUAAACUGAUUCAGCACAACAAGAGCAAACAUGGCUGCUACAACUGUGGUGAAUGUGGUAAAAAGUUCAAAGUGCUUUAUGAGUUUAAAAAGCAUGUCCAAGACCACAUCUUCACCAAGGGUGGUGUCCCAUUGCGAGGCUCUAAAAAGAAGAAUAACACCAAGUUCAAUUGCGAGCUUUGCAAGGAAAAUAACGCUAGCUUUGUGCAACUGCAAGCGCACGUUCUACGCAGCCAUGACCAGGACUUCCAGUUCUUGCCUUGCGACUGCUGCUCCAGCAUCUUCUACACGGAGCAGCUGCUGCGGCUGCACAAAGAGCUGAGAAACAGUGAGGAGGUGCAGCUUUGCGAGAACUGCGGUUCCACGUUCACCACGGCCACCGAAAUGCGAAACCACAAGAAAGCCUGCAUCACCAUCACCAACAAACCUGUGGCCUGCAAGCUGUGCAACAUAUUCGUCCACCCAAACAAGAUGCACACGCACAUGAACUGGCAUGUCACCCAGGAGAAUCCUGAGCGCUGUCAGAAGUGCUUGCUUAUCCUGUGGUCCUCAUGCAAGCACAAUUGCAAGCUGUACAGGUGCGAAGCCUGCCAGCUCAGCUUCAAUGGCUACCCGAAAUUCCUGUCCCACAAACGAUCGCAUGUGUCCAAGGAUGCCAUGUAUUACUGCAAUAUCUGCGAAAUCGCCAAGUUCUCAUCCUUCGAUGACCUCGUGGCGCACUUCAAGGUCCAUUCGCAAGUAGAGUUGCGCCAGUCGCAGAUCAAGUACAUAUCCAACUUCCCCAUGCACAGAAUCUGCCAAGAGCCAAACUGCCUGGAGGUGCUACACAAGAACACCCUGAGGAAGCACCGCAACAACAAGCACACGGUCAAGGCGCCUCCCAAGUUGUCGAUGGAAGAGGUGCUGACCUGUCCCUCAUGCAAUGAGGUGCUGCCGGGCGUUAACGAGUACAUCGAUCACCGAAUGAACCACACUGAGCCAUACGAACUGCCUUGCUCCCAUUGUGACCUUAAGUUUGACAGCGAAACCAGAAGGACCAUCCACAUCAUGCGGUGCCACUCAGAAACCAGCAGGGUCACCUGCGACACAUGCAAGAGGGUGUUCAACUCGAUGCAGAAGCUGCGGGUGCACAUUAUGCGCCACAUCAAGUACAAACCAUAUGUUUGCAGAUAUCCCAACUGCAAGGCCGCCUACUACCUAUUUGGUGACUGGCGCAAGCACUCGAUGCUGCACGUCGGACUAAAUCCUAACUACUGCAAAUUAUGCAACAAGCAGUUCAUGAAGGCAGAGACCUUGACGGCUCACAACAAGAAGUGGCAUCCGGAAGGCGAGCCAAAGCAAGAGAAAGAAGAGCUGGAGGAGGUGGAAAAGGUGGAGGAGGAUAUCAUUUACCAGUGCAGCAAAUGCACUUUCCGCGACCGGGCUGAAAUGGUCGUCAUUGAACAUCUGGAAAGGGACCACGCUCACGAGGAAGAGGAAUCAUGUGAGAAGGUCCUUCUUGAGUUGGCCUCAGGUGAGGCUGUCUGGCAAUAAUUUCAAUCAUUUUGUUUAAUGUUAUCGGCUUAAUAAUUUUAAAAUCUUAAUUUUAAAAGAUUGAGGCACCCCUGCAUUCGCCUUUCAUCAGCACUGAGUCGCGUGGACCAAAUAUUAUUUUCUUUCUACUCUUGCUUGUGAACGAGUUGAAAUUAAAUAACUAUAUUGUUAAAGUUAAAUAUAAUGAUAACAUUCUAAAAUCAUUUGUUUGCCAUUUCAAAAUUCAUUUUAUCAUCUGGAUCCAGUGAAGAAGUAAUUGAAUGAACUCAAUUUAAUGAUAAUAGUGUAUAAGCUCUGUAAUUAACGUCUGAAUUGUAAAAAUAUAGGUUUAUAAAUAAUUAAAAAAAUUUGAAAGAAAUGGAACGUAAAAUAAAUAUACAGCUAUAACUAUGUAAAUAAUUUCAUAAUAUGGCAGAUGUAUUAAUAAAGUA